CCGACCGGAAGUCCCCGGUCUGAAUGGGUCUUGUAGCUGUUUGCCGCCGCUCCUCCCUUUGGACUUAAAACCGGGCGUCUCUGAAUCUCUGAUCUCGUCGGCUGCCAGGUUCAUGUGGAGGCUCCCAGGCCGCGCCGCGCUUCGUGGGGUCCGGUCGGUGGUGGAGCAGCGCAGCCCGGCCGAGGCAACGACUCACGAGGCGGUGCGCGCCAUGGAGCGCGCGGUGGUGCGCUGUGUGCCCUCGGAGCCCAAGCUCAGCCUGUCUUUUGCGUUGGCCGACGGCAGCCACAAAAACAUGCAGCGGGACCAGAGCGAGCCUCUGGGCCGUGCUCUCAGCCGGAUCGCUACCAACGCCCUCAAGGGGCACGCUAAGGUAGCGGCUGCCAAAAAGAGCAGGAAGAACCGAGCCCACUCGAGCGGUGGCGCGGCCUGCGCGGCGACAGGGUCUGAACCGGCUGCGACCUGCGAGCCGGUGGUGAAGCUGUACUACCGGGAGGAGGCGGUAGCUGAGGAUGUGCUCAAUGUGGACGCCUGGCAGGACGGAGCGGUGCUGCAGAUCGGCGAUGUCAAGUACAAGGUGGAGCGCAACCCGCCUGCCUUCACGGAGCUACAAUUGCCGCGCUACAUCAUGGCUGGCUUCCCGGUGUGUCCCAAACUCGGUCUGGAAUUUGGGGAUCCCGCCAGCUCCGUGUUCCGCUGGUACAAGGAAGUCAAACCCGGGGCGGCAGAACCUGGAGACAGCGGUCUCGCGUCAUCGUCUCACUCUUUGCAGUCUUCAGCUUGGAUCGAGACGGGUGUGGACGAGCGCGUUUACACCCCGUGCAAUGCUGACAUCGGGCUACGGCUCAAGCUUCACUGCACGCCGGGCAAUGGGCAGCGCUUCGGGCCAAGCCGCGAGCUAGAGAGCGUGUGCCCGGUGGAGGCCGGGCCUGGCACCUGCACUUUUGACCAUCGACAUCUAUACACCAAGAAGGUGACAGAGGACUCUUUCAUCCGCACUGUCUCCUACAACAUCCUGGCAGACACGUACGCCCAGACUGAGUUUUCUCGGACAGUCCUGUACCCGUACUGUGCCCCCUACGCCCUGGAGCUUGACUACCGCCAGAACCUUAUUCAAAAGGAGCUCACAGGCUACAACGCAGACCUCAUCUGUUUGCAGGAGGUGGACCGCGCAGUGUUCUCGGACAGCUUGGUACCGGCCCUAGAGGCCUUCGGGCUGGAGGGUGUGUUCCGAAUCAAGCAGCACGAAGGCCUGGCCACUUUCUACCGGAAGUCGAAGUUCAGGCUCCUUAGCCAACAUGACAUUUCUUUUCAAGAAGCCCUGAAGUCGGACCCACUGCACAAAGAAUUACUAGAGAAACUGGCUUUGAACCCGUUAGCACAGGAGAAAGUACUCCAGAGAUCGUCUGUCCUUCAGAUUUCAGUUCUUCAGUCUACCACGGACUCUUCUAAAAAGAUCUGUGUUGCUAAUACUCAUCUCUACUGGCACCCAAAAGGUGGAUACAUUCGUCUCAUUCAAAUGGCAGCAGCCUUGGUUCACAUUAGACAUGUUUCCUGUGAUCUAUAUCCUGGCAUACCAGUUAUAUUUUGUGGAGACUUUAAUAGCACACCAUCAACAGGAAUGUAUCAUUUUGUCAUCAAUGGCAGCGUUCCGGAGGAUCAUGAAGACUGGGCUUCCAAUGGGGAGGAGGAGAGAUGUGGCAUGUCUCUCACACACUGUUUCAAACUGAAAAGCGCUUGUGGUGAACCUGCCUACACAAAUUAUGUCGGUGGCUUUCAUGGAUGUCUCGAUUACAUUUUCAUUGACUUAAAUGCUUUAGAGGUUGAACAGGUGAUCCCAUUACCUAGCCAUGAAGAAGUUACCACCCACCAGGCCUUACCUAGUGUUUCUCAUCCUUCUGAUCACAUAGCACUUGUAUGUGACUUAAAAUGGAAAUAGAUUUUGCUUCACUAACUCUGAAAGGAAGCUAAGUACUUUUCAGAAAAUUUAAUAUGAAACAAAGCUUAUAUAUAAACCUUCAAUGAGGCGAUCUAGACACUAAACUUUACUGUCAUUCCCUACUAGUUACGUUUCAGAUGGCUUUGUUACAAAACCAAUUCAUAAUGUUUGCAUCAUAUAAUAUCUUUACCCUCUUUUUUUAAUUUCCUACAUUUGGAGGAAAGCAUUUAUGACUAGCAAGAAGAAAAUUGAAUUAUCGUGUACAUUUUAUAAGUUUUUUUAAGCUGGUAAUUAAGAUUUUUAAGUACUAUUUGAAUAAUCUCAAUUUUUCUUUCAAAGCACAUUUUACAUUGAAUUAUGUUAAUAUAAUUGGGGAAGGAGGGGACAUGCAGGUAAAACGUGAGAGACUUCAGAGACACAUGGAAUACAUUAGUCUAUCACUACCUCAAUUUAGUUAGAAUUUAUAAUAAUUUUGGAGCUUUAACAAAAGAUUAAAAUAUAUCAUUACCAAUUCUUACAGCUUCUUCGUUUUUCAGUUAGCAUUGCUUUUGAGUGUACAAAUGACGGUACAAAUGCAUGUAAUUUUCUUCUCAUUUGCACUUCAACUCAUUUUAAAACUCAUUUUAAUGGUAGGAUGCAAGCACAAUAGAGGAUUCAAAGGGAGCAGGAACAUGACUUGAUCUCUUGCCUUCACUCUUACUCAAAUCAAAUAUUUUUAAGCACACAGGGUUCUUGACCAUAUGAUAUGAAAGAAUACAGCACAAUUAUUUUAUGAGAAACUUGUGAUAGAAGCUUCAGAAUGUCAAUGAAUCAUUGAACAUUUCUAAGCUAGAAGUGUUUUCAAAACUGUCAGUUUUAUAAAUAGGAAAAAGGGAAGCAGGCAUGGUGCUUUAUAGCUGAAAGCCUAGCACUCAGGAGCCUGAGGCAGGACUGCUUAGAGGUCAGUUCUGAUCUGGGUUACACAGUUCAAGGCCAGCUCGGGCUACAAACAGGAAAAAAGGGGACAGUAUCUGAAGUAAACUUUUUAUAGAUGUAAGCAUUAUAGCUCAAGGAACAGAACAGUGCCACAUAAUUUAUAAAGACAGUUUUUAAAUGAAGCCAGUGUUGUAAGGUGAGAAAUUCCAGGUUAACAUCUAGUUUAGAUGCUUUUACUGCAUUUGUUCUCGCUGUACCUUCUUCGUGAUGCUUUAGCCAUCGCUUUGUGAUUUUCCGGGUUUAACUGUAGCAAAGCAAUAGCUUUCUGCAGUUAACUUCUGGCUUAGAUAGUAAAGGCCUCUCACCCCAAGAGGAGGUUUUAAUUUCCUGUCUUGAAGCCCGUUUCAACAUUUUUAAUCUGUAAAUUCAGUGUUUUUCCCCAUAUUCUUCUAACAUGGUGUAUGUUCAUACUCUGCAGUCAGCUACUCUUGGGUUACUAAGUCUGGGAAUAUAAGCAUUUCAUUUGUACCUCACAUUGAACCUUUAUUCAGAUUCCUUAAAGGGAAAUAAUCAGUAAAGGGACAGUGUCUUGGGAUGCUUAAAAAAAAAGUUGAUUAAAAAGUCGAUGUUA